AUUCAAAGAUUCAGGUUUUAUUCGAAAUUUUUAUAUAGAAACGGAUGUACUUUUUCCUUGAAAUAUGGAUCGGAAAUCAAAAAACCGCGAACAAUUUUGGAUGGAUUUCGCUAAGGCGUAUAGAGUUGUGCAGGCGAAAAUGAAGUUUCGAGCCAAUCAUCUACCGCGUCAUGAAGUACCUAUCGUAAGGAUCUGUCAACGGAUUUCCUGUGUUUGUGGUUUGCAACACAAAUCCUGACGCAGUUGCUGACGAUAAUACGAUGUCACAAGUCGUCAAGUGGUCAAGUUGUUCUCGGAGCUCGUUAUCACGGACAUGAAUCGUAUAAACAGUAUUACAACAAUCAUGUUAGUGGCGGACAACUUCCAAUGACCGAUUUCUACAAGGAAUCGCAUUACGGCAAUGAUGUAAAGGAAGAAGUAAAAUAUCGCUUUGAAGAUAAUAGCUAUUUUGCAAACAAGGACGGUUUCUCGAACGAAGAGCAAGCCAGAAAUGACGGUAAUAGCGAUUACGCAAGUGUGGCAUAUUAUUGCGACUACAAGACGAAACAAACUUUCUGCGAGAACGUCUCUAAUUAUCCUCAGGAAUUAGUGAAUGAGAUUCUCGUCAGGAAUUCCACUCUGAUAGGUCAUGCAUUCGAGGAUGUUAUUGCCGUUUCACCGCGAUUCGAUAACAACAACGAGCAGCCACUUUGCCUGUCUACGGAGCAAUUAAUUCACCCGAAAAUGGCUGUGAACAUAAAAAAUCAGUGGAAUCUCAUCCUUCAGGCGGACAAUUUUCAUCAAGGUAUACGGAUUGAACUUUGCAUAGAACCUAACACUAAGUGCAGAUUGAUUGACGAUAUUGCCGUGGGAUACGAGACGUCCUGCAAGCAGAAGUUUAUUUAUCGUGAGAUGUUGGCUCUUAAUGAACGCAACGAGACCGUUCAAGAUUACUUCCGACUUCCUGCGAGUUGCUGCUGCCACGUUCAAUUUAAAGCCGAUGAGGAAAGGAUAAAUCCAAGAUUUUUUUAAGAGGACAUCCUUCGUCCUCGCUAGAAGUUAUAUACGUAUAAGAAUAUUUAAGAAAAUAUUUAAGCACAUUUAAAUACUUUUAAGCGGUAUAUAUUUGCGUAGAAAAUAAUUAGUUGGCCAUCAGGUUGUUCUUCAGAACGCACGACCGCAGUAGAUGAUUUGCUUUCGCUUACAGGCACGAAUAUCACUAAGAUCCCCUAGCAGGACGCUGAUGUAUACCGAGUAAGAUAUGUUGAUGAUCUGGAAGAAUGAUUCAUAUUUCACGCAAUAAUCAGUCAUUUCAAUGUUAAAAACGUUAGGUCUGAACAUCAUUCUGUUAAAAAUCGACAAUCUCACGGAAACUCGACGUAUGGCUAUUAAAAUUUAAAUGAUUAGAUCGUAAGUAUAAUAUUAAUUGUAUGAUUCAUUAUCCUGAUGUUAGCAUGGCACAGGCAUUUCGUAGGCAUUACGUAUAUUUAUAUAAUUUCGAUAAUAUAUAUGUUUAUUUAAAAUUGCAAUUUUAUUAUAUCAUCAUCCGGUUCCGAUUAUUCAUGCGAGCGAUAAUUAUAGAAAGUAAAUGUGUUUACGAUCAUGUAUAUAUAUAUAUAUAUAUGUAUGUAUGUACAGGGUGUUACAAGAUAUACUGUAUAAACUGAAAGCAUAUUUUCUGCAAAUAGAAAUAGAAAAUAUAAAUAUAAUACGAGUCCAAUUCGAAA